AGAAGAGGAUGUACUAUAGGCAAGAGACAUGCAGAAAAGUAAAGAAUGACAGCUUUGCAGGAUUUUAUGUUGUAUGAAAGACGGACUCAGAAUGAGAAAGUUCGACGGCAAUUGCCGUGUACGUUGUAACCAAGUACUUUUGUUUCGUUGGAAUAUUUGAUAACAUAUGUGUACAGUAUUUUAAAUAGGAAAAGCGCCACUUGUGACUUGUAUAUAUAUAUAUAUAACUUCCGUGUGGCAGUGGCCCGCUUAUUUGGGCGGGAACCAGUUAUGUGGGCUGUCAGUCAGCAGAUAGAUCUGUAAAUUUCAAGAAUGCUUCUCAGUUGAAAUUCAUAUAUCUAAUGUGCCACUUAAUGAAAGUGCUAAUAAUUAUUUAAGUGCAGUUCGUAUGCUGAUCUAGUAUUUAUAACGAUAAUUUACUUUUUUAAGCAAAUUAAUUAAAUAUGGAUGACGAUAGCGACAAUGAUUUAGGAGAUAUUCUGGAUAAUCUUCUAGCUAAUGAUGAAGAGUCCAAGGAUGAUAUAAAUUGUGACAAAGGUGAUACCCAAAAGUCCACAUUAACUACUGCCAAAAGUUCUUUGAAAGAGCUAGAGUUUUCAUUUUUGGAUUGUGUUUCUCCAUCAAAAGAUGAAUCAAAGUCUCCUAAAAAGUCUAUCGGACUAGUUCAUCAGGGUGAUACAGACUCCUCUGAUGAUGAAGGUAAACGGUAUUUUGACAAACAAAAAUAUUCUGAAUCUGGCCAUAGUGUGAAGUCCUUAUUGAAAAAUCAAGCUUUUGAAAAAGAAGAUAGAGGAGGUCCAUUACAAGAAUCAAAUAAAACUUUUGAUUUGAGCAAACGAAAAUCUUUCAUUGCAAAUGCAAAAAGAGAACCAUUUGAUUUUAAUAAAACUGGACCAACUAAUACACCUUCUACAUCUACAGAUGUGUAUACUGAUCCAAUAUUUGGGCUCCGAAUUGUUAAGCCUUUGGUGUCAUCAGCUGAGCUUAAAGAAAGAAUGGUAAAUAGAACUCCAGUGCCUCUUUCCAAAGUAAAAAACUUUGUGAAAACAGGUAAUGUUAAUUCGGAUUGGGUAAUAGCAGGUGUUCUUACAAAUAAGUUACCACCAAAAACAUCACAAAAAGGCAAACAGUACUGUAUCUGGAAACUAAGUGACCUCACUGAUGCAAUGAACACUAUUUCAUUAUUUUUAUUUGGCAAUGCAUAUAAACUCAUGUGGAAGACCUCAACAGGAUCUGUUAUUGGCGUGUUAAAUCCUGGCGUAUUUGAUGAUGAUAGCAAAACUGAUCAAGCUGCGUUGAGCAUAGACAACCCACAAAAAAUGAUGAUUCUGGGAAACUCAAAGGAUUUGGGCACUUGCAAGUCUAUGAAAAAAAAUGGUGAACCCUGCACAUCUAUUGUGAAUAAAAAUAGAUGUGAAUAUUGCAUCUAUCAUGUUAAAAGAGAGUACAAAAAAUGCUCGAAAAGAACGGAAUUGCAAUCGGAUUUUAAUAAUCGUGGAUUCUCUAUGGAUGCUUUAAAAAAAACAGCUUCACGAUCAGGAUUGAACUCAUUUUCUGAGAAAAAUAUGACUUUGGUGCCUGCAAAGAGGAAUCAAAAAUUACAUGAUAAAGAUUGCGCCAGAUUAGCUCUGCUGAAGAGUGAUGUCAGUUUGUCAGAAAAGAAAGUCCAUGUCAUGGAUAACGAACAGGAGAAUAAGAAGAAAUCUUAUAUGGUAGAAAGGACCACCAAUCAAGCUAAGAAGGACUUGGAUCGUUUAAGUAAGCUUAGAGCAUGGGGCAGUACACAAACACCUAUGUUGGAAAAAGCAAAUGGAUUCGGAACACCGGAAACUAAAUUGAUCAAUGAUAAAGUAAAAAACAAGAGCAAUGAAAACAUUGGAUUAUCUAAGCUCUCUGCUUUGUCAAUUCCAAAAUUGGGAAACGGCAUCUCUGGUGGCGUCAUCGACUUCUCAGAGCCUAUUGCAAAGAAGCACAUGGACUUGGCAAAAAUGAAUGCUCUAAAAUGGGUCAGAGAGAAAGGCUCAUUUAAAAAGUCCAACCCCAACAAGGUACGCAUGACUAAGGAUGAGAAAAUAGAGAAGGUUACAAAGAGAAGAAGAGAGGAUGAAGAGGAUGAAGAGAAACAAGAUAUACGCAAGGUGAAAAAAUCAAACGUAUUGUCUGAUAAAUUUCAAGAAAUGAUUAAAGCUACCUCGGCACACACAGAUCUGAUAGAAAAAUCAAGGGAUGAAGAGCAGGAAAAGUACUUUAACAAAUUAGAGGUGAAAGAGAAGAUGGAGGAGAAGAUGAUGUCGACCUAUCAGGUCGAUUGCAAAGCUGUGAAGUGCCUUAUUUGUAAAUACACUGCGUUUUCAAGUUCAGAUAUGUGCAAGGAGCAAAGACAUCCAUUAAGAGUGAUCGACGCUGUCAAAAGAUUUUUCAAAUGUUCCGAUUGCGGAAACAGGACUGUUAGUUUGGAUAGAAUUCCUUCGAGAAGUUGUCAAAAAUGCAGUAGUUCCAAUUGGAUGCGAGCAGCCAUGAUGGAUAAUAAGAGAAUUCAAAUACCCGGAACUAGUUUGUCUAUCCGUGGUGGCGAAGAAAAGUUCCUAGGUUCCGCAAUGAAAGACGCUAAUUUAGAUCUCUUGGUGCCGGAAGUAAAUUGACGUCAUUGUUAAUUUUGCAUAGAAAACCUUAAUAUUCCUAAUUCUUUAAGAAAUACUUUAAAUAUCCAGAAUGUUUUAAUACGACUAAAAGAAAAUGACAAUAAAUUAUAAAGACAUGCGACACAUGUACCGUGUAUUACAUAUGUACAAAAUAUUAUCCAAUCUAGUAAAAUCUUUUAGAAUGAAA